AUGACUUGGGUCUCUCACGCCACCCCCGAGGUCGACGCCAUCUCCCAGUGGCGCACCAUUGUCGCCGUCUGCAUCGUCCUCACCGUCGUCUCCUUUGCCGUCGUCGGCUUCCGCCUCUACCUGAGCAUCCGCGGCCGCGGCCUCAUGGGCGACGAUUACGUCGCCGCUGCCUCGUUUGUCCUCGCCCUCGUCUACUCGGUCCUCACCAUCAUCCAGACAAAAUACGGGCUCGGUCUGCCGCUCAAGCUGCGCUCCAAGGACAUCAGCGACGCGGCCACGUACAAAAAGGUCAACUUUGCCGGGCGGCCCGUCUACCAGUUCGGCGUCAGCCUCUUCAAGGUCGCCCUGCUCGUCAGCUACCUGCGCCUGCUGCAGGCCACGAGCAAGCGCAACUACCGCGUCCUCAUCUGGCUCGCCAUUGUCGCCGUGCUCAUCGGACACCUCGGCAGCGCGUUUGCCCUCAUCUUUGCCUGCAAGCCCGUCAACUUUUCGUGGGAGCUCAAGGUCAGCGACCCGCACCCGACCUGCGUCAACCUGUCGCAGACGUCGCUCAUCUACUCCCUCAUCACCAUCAUCUCGGAUGUGCUCGUCGCCGUGCUGCCCAUCCCCGUCCUCUUGACCCUCAAGAUCCCCAACGCCAAAAAGGCCGGUCUGGUCGGCGUCUUCCUGCUCGGUCUCUUUACUACUAUAUGUUCUGUGAUGCGUCUGAUUCAGCUCAACCGCAUCUCCUUUGGCGACGGCAACUCGACCAUGCUGGUCCUCUGGGGCGUCAUUGAGUUCAAUGUCGGUAACAUGGUCACCUCGCUGCCAUUCCUCGCCCCCGUCUUCAUAAAAAAGGCCAAGGAUUUGAGCUACAAGCGAUACAAGAGCAACAGUCGCGAAACCGAAGCGUCCAAAAAUUCACGAUUGUCGAGACAGCCGGGCGCAAGCAGAGACAUGUACCACUUGGAAGACGUCAAGAACCACUCCACCAACCACAAGAGCACCAUCGUCGGCUCCAGCCAGUCCUCGGGCAGCGCAGAGAACAUCCUCCCCAAACAAGGCAUUGUCAAGUCGAUCGAAUAUUCCGUGUCUGUAGGCAAGCCGCAGUCGGAGCCGCAAAAUACCCCCUGGCACGCAGUCUAA